UCGGACGGAGAAUGUUCAUCGAGAAGGAGAAGGCGUGAGUAAUGCACCCUAGCUAAGACCCCGGCUUUUCCCGUACUAGCGCCCGCCGUUUUAGGAAUGUUGCCAAUGCUUAUGAAGAUAAUAAACCAGGUGUUUAACGGUCAGCGGUCGAAGAGAAGGAAAAGGAAGGAGGGGCAUGAAAAGCAGUAGUGGUAGGAAACGAGCACACGCUCGGAUUUGUCGUCCUCUGUUUGAGCUUCGGAAUAGCCUUGAGGCCCAGAAAGAGAACAAGCGAGCUUUCUGUGAAAUGCGGCGGGCCUUGGGUUCUUUAUUACCUCAUUUCACCUCAUGUGGAUUGCUUCGCCAGCUAUAGUUGUCGAUGUGGAUGACGCCAAGAACAAGGCAUGGAUGAACUUGUUGGCCGAUUUAGCAAGUGAGCUCAGCUGCCACAACUGGGCGUCUUCUGAAUUUGGUUCCAAAAGGUCUGGUUGGUUUUUAAGAAAAUUUGAACCCGAUGCUUGAAGGUCGAUGAAGCGUCGUAAACGCAGGGCUCGAGUAGGCCUGGAUGGAGCGAUGACAUGUGGAUUGUAACAUCUGGAAUUCAGGAGAAUCGGCCGUAAUUUGUUACAGAAGUAAAUUGUGCUGUACACAUUGAGUCCCACAAUUUAGGUGGUAAAUGCGGACACAUUCUUAGAACUGGAGCAGGAGGUUACUACGGUGGGUAUAGAGUCUUGAGCGGGAGCACUAUCGAGCUUUUUUUUCGCAAGCGAUAGUCAGUGUUUCACUUCCGAGUAGUUGAUCAGGGGUCUGGUGCGUAGUAUGCAGGAGGGUCACCAUCCAAACAUGAUGAUAUUAUCAUACGGAUGUGGAGUUUCAUGAUUAAGAGGUCAACUUGACGGAUUAUACAAGACAUGGGGAUGGAGCAACCGGCUUGGCAGCAGCAGGGGAUGUUGGGAAGCGAUAUGGAGCGUCUGAUGGUGACUAUGCAAGCCGUGGAACAGGCAUGCUCUGGUCUGCAGGAGCCGAAUAACCGGGCUGCCGCUGAGGCAACGUUGCUCGCAUUUCGGAGGUCAUCUCAUCCGGUGCAAGCAUGCCAAUACAUACUGGAGCAUUCACAUUUGGCAACUGCGAGGUUCCAAGCUGCAGCCACAAUGCAGGAAGCUGCUGUUCGAGAGUGGACGUUGCUUUCAGCUGAAGACAAGAACAGCCUGCGCACAUACUGUCUCCACUAUGUAAUGGCACGCGCUGAGGCCGGGGAACCGUUCGUACAGUCCAAAGUCCUCGCAGUAGCUGCAGUUCUGUUGAAAAGGGGAUGGUUGGAUUCCGUGGCGACGGAGAAGGAGUCCUUUUUCAAUGAGGUCAGAGUUGCAGUUUUGGGGACACAUGGACCUGCUGCCCAGAGGUCAGGGAUCGCACUUUUGGAAUCCUUGGUUUCUGAGUUCUCACCCUCUACAGCCAGUGCUAUGGGCCUUCCGGCGGAAUUUCAUGAACAUUGUCGAGCUUCUUUGGAGCUAGACUACCUUCAGCAAUUUUAUUCGUGGGCGCAAGAUGCGGCGGUAUCUUCUGCUGAGAGAGCAUUUCAGGGCGUGGGAACUCCUCUUGAUGUCAACGUUUGCUCAGCAGCUCUGCAUUUGAUGUCUCAAAUUUUGAACUGGGAGUUUCAAGGAACCUUGGUUCGUGGACCUAAUGGGUCUAUUGUUGUGGGCAAAAAUAGAUCCAAUGCAUUUACAUCUUCGAUGGGACGAGAAAGCAUUAAACGACCUGGAGAACACGCCUCUGUUGUCCAGCCAGGGCCUGCUUGGCAUGACACUUUGCUACCUCCCAAUCGCGUCGGUUGGGUUCUGGAGCUUUAUGCGCGGAUUCGACAGGGCGGGUUAGGGGGCAGUGGAUGGAUUGAUUCUCCCUUUGCAGUCAACGCUCGACAGCUAAUUGUUCAACUCUGUUCUUUGAGUGGAAGUAUAUUCCCUGUUGAUGGCAACACCACGCAAGAUCUACAUCUCCAGCGUUUAAUGUCUGGUAUCAGUCCAUGGUUAGACCCACCAGAGCAUAUCGUGCGAGCUAUUAAAUCCGGCACCAGUGAAAGUGAGUUUCUUGAUGGAUGCCGGGCACUAGUAGCUGUUGCCAGUCUCACUUCUCCAUCAGCGUUUGAUCAGCUCUUGAGAGGCGGGCCAAGGCCUGUGGGCACCUUGAACCUUUUGGCCUCGCUUACGUGUGAAAUCAUAAAAGCAAGUGGUGCCCAAAACAAUGAGGAGGAAACGUGGACUGGUGAAGCUCUUGAUAUUUUGCUAGACAGUUGGACUGUUCUUCUGCAACCUGUAGAUUUGAGUAAGAGAAUACCUUUUCCUCCAAACGGUAUCGAUGCCGCAGCAGCUGUGUUUCAUGCCUACGUGGAAACUCAUGUUAAAGCUGCGGCCGCCUCUGCCCAUGAGGAAGGUGACGAUACAGAACAAUUACGGGCUGCAAUAGCAGCUAGGGACGAGCAUCUUAGUGCUAUUGCCCUGGUAGCACGAGCUGCGCCUUCUGCAACCGUUCCCCUGCUAGCAAUGCUUAUUUCAGAGCGUUGCACUUGGCUCCCCCAGUGCACUGGUGGUAGAGUGGAUCCAACGUCUGUAUUGGAGGAGCUCCAUUGGCUACUGCUUAUGUCUGGACACGUGUUAGCAGAUUCAGGGGAUGGAGAAACUCCUUUGGUUCCUGAGUCAUUAUCAGCUUUGAGCCCUGGAACUGCAGAUCCAGUGAAUCAUCCGGCAGUUUUGCUUUCCCAGGCUUCUAUCGAUUUGGCAAGACAAUCACUUGAGACGAGCAUUCGUGAAGUCUUCAGUCCUCGUCUGAUGGAAGCAGUUGUGUGGUUCUUUGGGAGAUGGGUUGAUACGUAUCUUAUGCCAGCAGACGCAGGACGAGGUCCAAAUUCUACACCAUCAAGUAAUGAGGGCGAGCUGCCGGGUCAGAUCGCAAGUAACACCGGACAGUUUGAUGGAAGGAACUCUCUUGUGGUAGCUUUUGGAGAGGAGGGAGGUGGGAAAGCCGUUCUUGAGACCCUCGUGCGAGUAGCUGUUACCGCGUUGACUGCUUGGCCUGGUGAACGCACAUUGCAGGAGAUUGUUUGUUUCCAAUUUCUACCUGCUCUUGUUCGCAGAAGAAAUAUCUGUGCGCAUCUGGUGACGAUGGAAGCUUGGCAGGAGUUAGCACAUGCAUUUGCAUAUCAACAGCCAACUCUGUCAGCGUUAGCAGCUCCUAUUCAGCGCGCACUUUCAGAAGCUCUUUGUAAAUCAGCUGCUGGGAUGAGUAGUGGCGAUGCAACCAAUCAAUAUGUGAAAGAUCUUUUGGGUCCUAUUACUGGAAGUAUUACUGGACUUUCCAAAAGAGAGGACUUUCAAACAUUUGCACAACAACCGGAUGUCAUUCUACAGGUUAGUUGCUUAAUGGAAAGACUGCGAGGAGCAGCAAGAGCUACACUUCCACGAAGCCAGAAAGCAAUAUUUGAAGUCGGAGCUGCCGUUAUGGAACCUUUGUUAAUAUUGCUUCAAACUUACAAGCAUCAGUCAUCUGUUGUGUAUCUUCUUCUCAAGUAUGUGGUGGACUGGGUAGAUGGUCAAGUUGCUUUCCUGGAGGCGAAAGAGACUGCUAUUCUUUUCCAUUUCUGUGUUCGACUCUUGGAAAUAUAUUCUGCACAUAAUAUAGGCAAGGUCUCUGUUAGCAAGUCCAUGAACCUCAUAAGUGAGAGUCAAACAGAAAAGUACAAGGAUCUUCGAGUAUUGCUACAGUUGUUGACCAAUCUAAGCUCAAAGGACCUGAUUGACUUUGCUUGUGACUUGAACGGGGAGGUAGAAAAUCCUGAUGUAGCCCAGGUGGUGUACCUCGGUCUGCAUAUUAUCACUCCUCUAAUGUCAGUGGAUCUCUUAAAGUAUCCCAAGCUAUGCCGUCAGUAUUUCACGCUCCUUGCCCACAUGCUGGAAGUUUAUCCAGAGAAGGUUGCUAAGUUAUCGACGGAGGGAUUUGGACGAAUUGUGGGCACACUGGACUUCGGUCUUCGGCAUCAGGAUGUGGAAGUCGUCAACAUGUCUUUGACAGCUCUUAAUGCAGUCGCCUUCUAUCAUUAUCAUGCAGUCUGCCGGGGUCAAGAAGGACUUGGAGCACACGCUCUAAGCACUCCAGGUCCGGAUGGUGCUCCUAAGGAAGGAGUGCUUGCACAUUUUUUGCGUUCUGUGAUGCAGUUUCUUCUCUUCGAAGAUUACAGCAACGAACUGGUGGAGCCUGCAGCAGAUGCAUUACUGCCUUUGAUUCUGUGUAAUACAGGGUUAUAUCAGAAGCUAGCUCAAGAACUUUUAGAAGGGCAGAAGAAUGCAAUUUUGCAGAGUCGUUUAGCUACGGCUUUUCACGUGUUGCUCAACUCCAACAACGUGUCUUCUUCACUUGAUCGUAAUAACCGACGCAGAUUUAGAGAGAACUUAUAUCUAUUUCUCUCUGACGUGAGAGGCUUCUUACGGACCAGAUGAAGUCGAUAUCAAGCAAAUCAUCGUAUAGUUCAUGUUCCAUAGGCUAUUGGUGUAAUGUUUGCCGACUGAUCAAACAUCCUGUUCACACAGGUGUAGCAUAGUGCUUAGAGCUGACGUGAAGAUUAAUCUACCCAACGACGACAACAUCAUCUUGUUGUGAUAGCUGAAUCUAUUCUAGGCAGAUCCGCCAUGUGAGUUUGUUGGAUCUGAAAAUUUUUAAGACAGUUUUGUUAAGUUUUGAAACGAAGUACAGCGAGAGAGUGCAGGUAAAUCGGAAUUUUUUAGGGUAGUCAUCCAUCACAUGAUUUAGACAGUACACCAUUUUUGUGCACUAAAUUGUAUACCACAGUUCUGACGAGAAUUUUUUGGGGAGGUGGUACAGUAGCCUGACUUACAAAUUGACCUCACGAUCACUUUCAUGAUGUGUCCUGCAGUAUGUUGGCCAGGCUGUAAGCCGAUCCCUUGAUUUCAACAUGGAUUCUGUGUAUUGUUUAGAAGGAUAUAUGCAAUUGCGU